AUGAACCACUAUGUCAACGGGGCACCCUCUGAGAGUAACAAUGAAUUUUCUGGUCGUUCACCUCCAUUUAACUUAGUAGGAGCCCAAAUAGUACAAAAUUCAAACCAAUAUGAACCAAGCAACGGAGACAUACGUGGAGCUGUUAUUAAUCAGACUUCUAAUGAAUAUCGUGUUGGUCGAAAUGGAGGUACUAUCCAGGGAGCCACAAUCACGCAAACUGGAAAUGGGUAUGGAAUUGAGCGACGCUUUGAAGAUCCCAGAUGGAGGUCAGUCCCUUAUUAUCCCAAAGAAAAAUCCAAUGAGUACGCAACUGACAAAAACUCACAAACAGAAAACUAUGACAGAGUUAAGUCAUUGAAUUCAAAAGAACUACCGAUAACCAGCACUUCAGACGUGAAAGCUAAUGAAGUUGAAGUUUUACAACCAAAAAAUCAGCUUCCACAAUCAAACAAUGCAAUAGAAAACAUGUCUUCCACAUCUGGCGCUCAACCGACUCAGUCUGAGACUGCUAAUCAUCUUCGCGGCAACUACAAUUAUCAAGAAAUAGGAUCCGGGCAAUUCGAGACUCCUCAAGGAAUACAAUAUCUCCCUUCCCAAUCUGGAUUCCUGCCAACUAAGUUCGAGAACGUCAAUUACCCUAACAUCAACUGCAAUUAUAAUAGACAAGGAUUCGGACAGUUGGCUCCUCAAAGAACACAAUAUCUCCCUUCCCAAUCUGGAUUCCUGCCAAAUAAGUUCGAGAACGUCAAUUACCCUAACAUCAACUACAAUUAUAAUGGACAAGGAUUCGGACAGUUGCAAACUCCUGAAGGAACACAAAAUCUCCCUUCCCAAUCUGAAUUCCUACCAACUAAGUUCGAGAACGUAAAUUAUCUUAACAGCAACUACAAUUAUAAUAGACAAGGAUUCGGACAGUUGCAGACUCCUCAAGGAACACAAAAUCUCCCUUCCCAUCUGGAUUCCUACCAACUAAGUUCGAGAACCAACUUUACUAAUAAUGAACAAGGAUUAGGACAAUUGCAGACUCCUCAAGGAACACAAUUUCUCCCUUCCCAAUCUGGAUUCCUACCAACUAAGUUCAAGACCUCCAAUUAUUCUAAGAGCAAGUACACUUAUAAUGGACAAGGAUUCGGACAGUUGCAGACUCCUCAAGAAAGACAAAAUCUCCCUUCCCAAUCUGGAUUUCUAGCAACUAAGUUCGAGAACGUAAAUUAUCAUAACAGCAACUACAAUUAUAAUGGACAAGGGGUCAGACAAUUGCAGACUCCUCAAGGAACACAAUAUUUCUCUUCCCAAUUUGGAUUCCUACCAACUAAGUUCGAGAACGUCAAUUACCCUAACAUCAACUACAAUUAUAAUGGACAAGGAUUCGUACAAUUACAGACUCCUCAAAGAACACAAUUUAAUCCCUUCCAAUUUGUAGCCCAGCCACCAGAGCUCAAGAACGCCAAUAACUUUCAAAGUAACUACAAUUAUCAAGGACUGGGAUUCGGGGAACCGCUGACCAGCCAAGAGUUAGAAUCUCUUCAUUCUCAGUCUGGACUUCGAACGUCAUUACCUACGACCACAAAUGUUCCUUCCGAUCAAGGAAAAUCGUUUGAGAGGAAUUAUCAGUACUCGCAAAAUAAUUUAAGGGGAUUCUAUCCAUCUCAAUAUUCUCCAAUUCAACAACCAAACAACAGACAACCGUUGGCCUCAGGCUCUGCUCAUAUUGAUGCUCAAGCUGGUUCUCAAGCUACUGGAGUAAUUUCAACAACCUCGGUAGUAAGCCCGGCAGAUUGGCUCAGAUUGGGCACAAUCCCUGCAGGAUAUGAUCUCGUCUGCGAUCCACCGAAGGGAUUUUGCUGGUACCAACCCAGACAGCAGGAUAUGAAGUAUAACGUUAAAACAUAA